GACAGGCGGACUCCAGGCUGGAUAUUUGCAGUAAUCGGUAGGCAUACGCAUGUGAAGUAUCUUCGUUCUUGCUCAGACAGGUACAUAUAGACAUAAAUAAAAGAACGUGCUUAACAUGAUAUACACAAACACGUUGGGCUGACCGCCAUGAUUAGAAGAACAAGAAACUCAAAGUUUUGAUAUUUGUGGCUGAGCAAGGUACAUAGCCAGCUGCUUCAGAGAGGACGACACCACGGAAAUAAGGCAUUUCGACCGCUGCUUGUAAGAUCCGCGAACACAAGUGAACUUUCGUCAUUUUUUUUUUAAAUUCGUUACAACGGUAACAAUGGAUCAAGGCGGUUGUCGUUUAAAUGGCGGUGGUGGAGGCGACGGCCAGGGCGGUGGGAGCGAUGGGGCGGGAGGCCGACUUGGAAUGAUCACACUGGAAGACCUGGAGUCCUUCUCGGAGGACCAGCUCUCAGACUCGGGCAACGGGAGUCUGGAGGAAGAGGGCGAGGUUAUGGAGGAAGAGGAGGAACAGGACAGACUGUUGCAUUAUUGGCAGGAUGUGGCGAGGGGACACCAAGUGGAAGUUCCCAGAGAUAUGGCCACGCCCAUCCAGCAGCUGACCACAAACAACCAAGGCACUCACGACCGCGAGAGCGUUCCCUUCACCCUCAUCACGCGCAAGGAGAAGUGCGGGGAGGUGCUCUAUGAGAAGCGCUGCUAUGAGAAGGCCUACUGGGCCUGCAUCACGGUCCACGAGGACACGUACGAGCAGAGCAUCUGCUACGGCUUCAUGAGGCUCAUGCGCUACAUCUGUCAGCAGAAUUCCUCAGGCAGCUACCUCGGACUGACCAUUCCCAUUGUGACUGUGGUGCGCACGGACGAGGCGCACUCGACCCUGUCAAGGAGCGUGACCGUGGCCUACCACCUGCCCACCUUCCACCAAGCCCAGCCUCCCCGCCCACAUGAUGCAGAAAUCACCAUCGAGGAGUGGCCCGCCACCAUCAUCUACACGAGGCCCUUCGCUGGAGCCACAAACGAGUACACCAUAAUUAACCAGAUCGGCAUACUGGCAGAGAUACUGGAUUCCCCAGAGCUGUGCCUGAACGACUCCUUCAUUGUGGCUGGCUACACCAACCCCGCAGCUGCCAACCGACAGAACGAGAUCUGGUUUCUGGAACGGCCCUGAGCGGGCCUCCCCAUCACCAGCCGUCCUCCCCUCCCCCCCCACCCCCUACCUCGUCCAUCCUGCCGGACCGUGAGCUAGAGAGAUUGCUGCGAAGGCCACGAUUCCAGUUUUGUCCAAACACUCAAAGUGUGACCUGGGGCAUCAGGAGCAGUUAGAGCCUCCUGACUGCUGUCCCUCUCCUGCAACGUUUUGGGGGAGAGGGUGUCUCCUCAGUUUUUUGAAAGUGGUCGGCUGUGACCCUUGCUGCCAUUACUGCUGUCCCCUUCAGACCGUCACUCAGAACUGGAAUCCUGGCCUGCCUGUCUUAAAACUGACCGGACAAUCAUUCAACCUGCAUAGCUGCUUCGAUACGUUACAGGGCUGCUGUGAUGACCACUGCUCCACAGUUAUUACUACUGAUGUCCUACUUAAGUAAGGCUGGAGUCAAUGCUUACUGAUCAGAUUCAGUUUGUAUGGAGCCCGUCUGGCCAUCCCUAUACACACAUACACACACACACUUAAUAUGUAUCAAAUGCAAAUAGAGUGAAUGUAUCAAUGUGAGAGAAACAGGAAAAGAAGCUGAGAAUCAGAGCACUGAUUUGCUGCAUGACAAUCGAGCAUCUGCAUCCCAUACUUCUCCAUGUUCCUCACUGGAAGAAAUGCAUUCCUCGCUUCGGAAGCCAUGUUCCCACACAAACCACAAUAGACCUCUCUAGCUCUGCACUGUUCCAGACGUCACCGCGUGUCAAUGUUCAUUGCGUGUGCACUACCUGUAAGCUACCUGGCACCCUAGCAGCCAUACUGGAAAGGAAGACCUUGGAACGCAGAGAGAAUCAU